CAGCCUCCAGCACCAGCAAAGGUUUGGCAGCUCCAACUGCCCACAAGCAGCUGCCACCAGAGCUCAGGGAAUGAGAGGCCUGGCCACAGUUCCCUUUCUAGACGGUCUGUCCUCAGGAAGGAGCCAUGGACAGAGAUUUGUGGGGACAAGGACAACUGGAGAGGGACCUCUGCCCCGUGCUCCUGAGUGUAGAGUUACAGGGGUGUAAGCCCACUGUGUGCUGGCCCACCACUCUUCUUAGGCCCAGCUCCUCAGGGACACCUGAUUUUUGCACCAUGCCCACCCCUUGAUAGUACCCCUUCUCAGCGGGGAGGGGGGCUCACCCCAGGAUUAAUAUUCCCAAGCCAAAUUGUGCUGCAGGACAUUCCCCUGCCCAGAAACUUCCGUUCUGCCCUCUGGCCCCAAAUUUAGUCCCAGUGGCUUAGCUCAAAGCCCCCUGCCCUGCCCUCCCCCACUGUUGCAGUGGACAAGGUGUGCGUACAGGAGGCUCCACCGCUGCCUUCCUGCCCAGGACUGUGAUGCAGGGCUUCCCCUUGCAUAGGGGCUUGACCAGCAGCUCAGGGGCAGAUCUGCUAUGGGACCCACUGACAGAACAGCCAGAGACCCUAGUGGUCUCAGUCUUUGAGUAAACUGAGUCCCACAGAAGGGGAUGGAGUUCCCAGGGCUCCUCUGUACCUGCCUCCUGACCCUUUCCUUUGGGGGUGAGGGCCCUGCAAGACUCGGCAAAGUUGGGGGAGGGAGCUGCCCCUUUAGGAAGUACCAGUAGGGCCUUGGGUAGAGCUCACCAGAUGAAUAUCCCCCCUACAACAGGGCAGGUGCCCCUCCCUACUGCACAGACCUGACCCCAUCCCUCCGCCUUGUAGUCACAGAACAUUAACUCUGGGCAGGGGUUUCUUGUGUUCCUUACCAGCUUUCCUGGUCCCCACCCCACAGCCUGAAGAGGCUGGAGUAGUCUCCAAAGGGCGCCCAGAGAAGAAGGACAGCCCACUCAGAGAUACAGGCCAUGUGGGGUUUCGGGGAGUUGCUUGUGGCCUGGUUUCUAGUGUUGACAGCGGGUGGCACCCAGCACGUCUACAGGCCCAGCCGCAGGGUAUGUGCCGUGGGGGUUGCCAAGGGCCCUGUGUCGGAGUCCUUUGUUCAGCGUGUGUACCAGCCCUUCCUCACUACCUGCGAUGGGCACCGAGCCUGUAGUACCUACCGAACCAUCUACCGGACAGCCUAUCGCCGCAGCCCUGGGCCAGCUCCUGCCAGGCCUCGCUAUGUCUGCUGCCCUGGCUGGAAGAGGACUAGUGGGCUGCCUGGGGCAUGUGGAGCAGGUGAGGGCAGUGGGUGCUGUGCCCGAGCAAUAUGCCAGCCCCCAUGUGGGAAUGGAGGGAGUUGCAUCGAGCCAGGCCGCUGCCACUGCCCUGUAGGAUGGCAGGGAGAUACUUGUCAGACAGAUGUGGAUGAGUGCGGAACUGGACAGGCCAGCUGUCCCCAGCACUGUGUCAACACUGUGGGCAGUUUCUGGUGCCAGUGUUGGGAGGGGUACAGUCCAUCUGCAGAUAGGACACUCUGUCUGCCCAAUAUGGGCCCCUCCAGGAUAGCCCCAAACCCUACAACAGGAGUGGACAGCAUGGUGAGGGAGGACAUGCGCAGGCUGCAGGCCCGGGUUGAUGUGCUGGAGCAGAAACUCCAGUUGGUGCUGGCCCCGCUGCACAGCCUGGCCUCUCAGGCUUCAGAACAUGGGCUGCAGGACCCCAGCAGCCUGCUGGCCCACUCCUUCCAGCAGCUGGACCGCAUCGACUCUCUGAGUGAGCAGGUUUCCUUCCUGGAGGAGCAACUGGGGUCCUGCUCUUGCAAGAAGGAACUGUGAUGCUCAUGUCACCACCUAGGUGGGGCUCAACCGUCACCUCUACAUUCCCUCCCAGCUGGAGUUUAGGAGCUGCUCCUGGGGUGCUGAACAGAAUGUUUGUCUUCCUUUUGUCAGGAGGUUCCUAGGACUUGGACAUGGGGGGAGGGUCUCGUUUGAAUCCCCCCAUAGGGCUUUCCAGGGAAGGUACGAAGGUUCACUGCCCACAGCCAGGGCAGUGAGCAGCCUGUCCAGAGGCGGGGUUGGGGCCUGCCCCCAUUUUUGUCAGAAUAAAACUGGGACUUGA